ACACACUCAAUGAACGCGUUGAAAAAAUGACAUAAAAAAAUAUAAAUAAAUUUACGCGAAAUCAUGACAGACCAAUGGAAUAUCUCCACGUGUCCCCACUUGACAAAAAAAUCAAGCACAGCAUCGUAUCUUUAUCAUGACCAACCCCGUUUUCAUCUACCACAAAGCGAGAAUCGGUGUCUAAACUCUGAACCCUAAAAACAGAGACCAACAGAAACUCCCAACUUCAAAACCGAAACCCGUUUUCUUCUUUCACUCUCCUUUAGUUUUUCUCCCCAGUAAACCAUAGAAAUGAGCCGUGCACAGGAUCCACACCCUAACAAAUCCUUUUUCCCCUUUGGUAAUCCUUUUCGGAUGAUAUCACCUAAAGGAUCUCGCCUGUCUCCACAACAACUAACAGUAUUACACGAGUUUGAGGCAAAGUUGGCUGAGCGGCUGAGAAAGCUCACACCCAAAAGCAAGGAUGAAAUCCUCAGCUUCACUUGGAUGACAUCAGCUAUGGCAUCGAUUCGUGAAACUCAUAGUGAUGUACUAACCCUUAUAGCAGAUCUCGAGCUGCCUGUGACUGACUGGGACGACAAAUGGAAGGAUGUGUACUUGGACAUAAGUGUGAAGUUGCUAGAUAUUUGCAAUGCAUUUAGCUCUGAGAUCUCACGUCUGAACCAAUCUAAUCUUUCAGUUAAGUGUGCGCUGCAUAGUUUGGAGUCUGCAUCUCCAAAGCAUUUUAUUCGUGCUUGUUCGUCACUUGAUAGCUGGAGGCAGCUUACUAAUUCUAGGAACCCCAGAAUUGAGAAAUGUCUUACCGUUUUGGAUGAUCUUGUGGGAUCACUUGAUCUGCCCAAGGUUAAAAAUUCUGCCAAGGGUAAGGCCUUGAUGCAAGCCAUGUAUGGAGUCAAGGUGCAGACAGUGUUUGUUUGCAGCGUGUUUGCGGCAGCUUUCUCAGCCUCACCAAAGAAGUUGCUGAACUUGGAUGUCGCUGACGUGUAUUCCUGGGCUCCAGCAUUCAGAAGUUUGCAGACUUUUGUAAAUGAGGAAAUUAGAGUUAGAUUUUCCAGUGGCAGAUUUUCUGUGUUGAAUGAGUUGGAAGCCAUUGAUGCCUCCGUGAAGGAAUUGUACCCUAUAAUCCAGGGUAGUGUAGAUACAGUGAAGAUGGAAUCAUAUCAACAUAAUGUUCACAAGUUGAGCAAUGCAUCAGGGAAUCUUUCACAAGGACUAGAUCUUCUUGCUAAGGAGGUGGAUGGAUUCUUCCAAGUAGUUCUAACUAGCCGUGACACUUUGUUGUCAAAUUUGAGGCCAGAUAAAAUUGUAAAUGAGAGAGUACAUGGGAGUAAGGUAGAUCAGCUAGUGCACUAAUCAUGCAGCAGACUAACUUUGGUGUAUGUAUAGUGUGGGGUUUUUCUUUUUUGUUUUGUGGUUUUAGAAUUGUAGUGUUUAUCAGGUUUUGUUUGGUUUGGUUAAGAUUGUGCAAGUUAUAUUAGAUUAUAGUGUAGUAUUAUUAAGGUGAAAUGUGUACCUGAGUUGUUCUGUGUAAUAUCAAAGCAGUUAAAAUAUAUAUUGAAAGUGUUAUUUUGCCUAA